AUGUUCGAUGCAUUCAGCCCUUAUAUCUAUAAGAACAAGACGGGAGUGAUUGAGAUAAAGGACAACUCGUUUACGGAACGUCAGUAUGACUUGAUUGUGAGGUUCAAGUUAGAGUUGGAAGUUCAUCUUUCCAACUAUUUUGGGACAAGAGUGAUGUUAGCGAUCUAUGGCUCAACCUUGAACGGAUUCGGCACCUGUUCGUGUGAUGUAGACUUGAGUCUCUCAUUUCCUGGUGGGCCACCAAAAGGCAAGAUUACUGUGGGAGGUGGAGUGUGCCCGGAUUUGGUAAUGCGUGAAGUGGCGAAAGCACUAGUAGACUACGCAAAUGCUCGCGAUGAACAGUACAUCUGCGCAAAAGUGCCAAUUGUUCGUUUUCGUGGCAAGGACAUGGAUAUCGAAGCAGAG